GUGAAAGUUUACUUCAGAUGAGUCUGUGGUGUUAACUGACUCAGUCAUGGAGCUGCUGCUGCCGAUCCUUCUUGGCUUUUUUGUUUCUCUGGUUGGAGGGCUGUACCUUCUCGGGGUGUUUCGACAGCAGGGACCAGGAGAACCCCCUCUGGAUAAAGGGCUCAUUCCUUGGCUGGGUCAUGUCUUAGAGUUUCGCAGGAACACCUUGAAGUUCCUAGAGAGAAUGAAGAAAAAGCAUGGUGAUAUAUUCACAGUACAGCUGGGGGGAUUUUAUAUUACCUUCGUCCAGGACCCUUUUUCCUUUGGGGGGUUUGUUAAGGAGAGUCGAGAGAAACUAGACUUUAGGCAGUUUGCUGUGGAUCUGGUGUACAAAGUUUUUGGCUACAAGGCUGUUGAGGGUGAGCACAAUAUUCUCCACAUGUCCAGCAACAAGCAUCUGAAGGGGGGCGGGUUGGAAAUAUUGACGCAAGCCUUUAUGAGUAAUUUGCAGAACCUAAUGUUGCACAACAUUGGAUCAGCUGCGGAGGAAAAGGCCUGGAUACAAGAUGGACUGUUCAAGUACAGCUACAACAUUGUGUUUAGAGCUGGAUAUUUGGCCUUGUAUGGUAAUGUGCCACACAAGUCAGAAGGAAGUGAGGAUAAAGCCAGAGAGAAAGACAGAGCCGACUCAGAAGCUUUGUUUCACGAGUUUCGUAAAUAUGAUCAGCUCUUUCCCAGAUUGGCUUACGGGGUCCUCCCACCGAUGGAAAAGACGAAAGCAGAAAGGCUGAAGGCAUACUUCUGGGACACUUUGUCAGUACAGAAAAUGAAAACCAAGGACAAUAUCAGCGGCUGGGUGUGGGAUAAUCAUCUGGCCAGAGAGGAGAUGGGCAUGGAUGUGUCAAUGAUAAACAGGUACAUGUUUGUUCUUCUUUGGGCCUCUCAGGGUAACACAGGGCCUUCUUCGUUCUGGCUGCUCCUCUUCCUCAUGAAACACCCAGAAGCCAUGAAAGCAGUGAAGGAAGAGGUGGAUAAAAUUCUGAAGGAAUCUGGACAGGAAGUCCGACCUGGAGGUCCCUUGGUCAACCUGACCCAUGAAAUGCUGUUGAAAACACCGAUCCUGGACAGUGCUGUUGAAGAGACCCUUCGACUCAUUGCUGCACCCCUCCUCACCAGGGCUGUGCUUAAGGACAUGACCUUCAAGAUGGCUGAUGGGCGUGAAUACUUACUUCGCAGUGGUGACAGAAUUGCAAUCUUUCCUUUCAGUUCCAUCCACUUUGACCCAGAGAUCCAUCCUGAGCCACAUUCAUUCAGAUACAACCGCUUUCUGAAUCCAGAUGGGACCAGGAAAACAGAUUUUUACAAAGCAGGGAAGAAGGUCAAAUAUUACACCAUGCCCUGGGGUGCCGGGGUCUCCAUGUGUCCUGGCCGUUUCUUUGCCACCAAUGAGCUGAAACAGUUUGUUUUCCUUAUGUUGGUCUAUUUUGAGUUUGAGUUGAAGAAUCCUGAUGAGGAGAUACCUAAAAUUGACCUCAGUCGAUAUGGCUUUGGAACAAUGCAGCCCGUCAGAGAUGUUCAGUUCAGAUACAGACUCAGAUAUUAAACCAGAAAAACAAAGUUGUGAUUUAUUUUUCUUUUACUGAUCAAUGAUUUGAUGAACAAAUUGAAGAAAUUAUAGAAACAAAUUUAAAUCUCCAGAGUUUUGACUCGUUUAUCAACUGUAAACCUCUUCAAUAUGCAAAUACACUAGUAUUAUACAUGUAUGUUGAACAGAUUAUGCACAUAACUAACUCCUUUUGAUGGUCUGUAUGACCUAAUAAAAAUGUGAUUAUUAUUGUGAAUAUUCUUUAAACACCUUUUUUUGUAUAAUUAUUUCAGUAAUUGAUACUACAUGAAUGCAUAAAAUGAGGCAUGAGGGUAUUCAGUUUGUGUGACACUUUUUAGUUCAUUUUCCAUAUACAAAAUAAGUAGAUUUUUUAAAAUGAAAUUCAUUAAAAAAUGAACUUAAUGAACUUUUUUGGGCAGCAAGGUGGUGUGGUGGUUAGCACUGCUGCCUUGGUUGUCUGUAUCUCUGUGUUGGCCCUGAGACAGGCUGGCAACCUGUACAGAGUGUACCCUGCCUCUCGCCCUGUGACAGCUGGGAUGGGGACCAGCCUGCCCACGACCCUGAACAGGAUAAGUGGAAGAGACUGGAUGGAUGGAAACUCAUUUUCCCAAAAUGGACUUGUUUGUUUUGUACAUUUUAGAUUUUGGAAUUUUCUGUGGAGGUUUUUCUGGAAGGUUCUUUGAAGCGCAAAACUGUUGAUAAAAGGCACUCCUCAAUUUAGACUGUGGUGGGAAGCUGUGAACAUGAUGUACUCAGCAUGCUUCCCUCUCACAGUCCCUGCAUAGUUCCAUAUUUCUUCAGUUUUUUGAUUUGGUUUAUUUUGUAUUCUUUCCACUUCUUAUUCACUUUUAUGCGUUGUCAUGUAUAUUGCAGUUUCUUUUUUGCAAUGGUAAUGGUGUUGUGUUUGUGUUGCACUGAGUUAAUAAAUAGUGUGAUUUUUUUGAUCUUCA